AUGCGCGUGGAUAUCAUUUUUGGGAUUGUAGGCGAUCUGGUCGAAGUUGUCCACAAGACGCUAUCCUUAGAUAACGUGAAAAAUGGUUUUGUCAAUGGUAUAGUCUCAGUUGACAGCCAAUGGUCUCAUAUGUCUAUCAAUGGUUGCACUAAUAUGAGGGUUCGGCGGGUGGUUCUUAUUGCGCCUGCUCAGAGCCCCAACACAGACGGUAUAGAUAUUCAAUCAUCAACUGGUGUUACGAUUGUCGACUCAAGUAUCGGGACAGGUGACGAUUGUAUUGCUAUUGGUCCUGGAACCAAGAAGCUAUUGAUUCAAGGCGUAAAUUGUGGACCUGGACACGGCAUCAGUAUCGGAAGUUUGGCUAGAAGUCCGAAUGAAGCAGGAGUGGAGGAAAUUGUAGUGAAGGAUGUAACUUUCACUGGAUCAGGUAAUGGACUAAGGAUUAAAACAUGGCCAAGACCAAGUAACGGUUUCGUGAAAAACGUUCUUUAUCAAAAUAUCCGUAUGAAUUAUGUUCGAAACCCGAUCAUUAUUGAUCAGAUAUAUUGCCCCGGUACCAAAGGCUGUUCUAAUAAGAAUUCUGGAAUCAAGAUCAGCGGAGUGGCGUACCUAAAUGUAUAUGGAACAUCAGCAACACCAAUAGCAGUUAAUCUACAUUGCAGUGCUACUAACCCGUGCAAUGGAAUCAAAUUAUACAAUGUUGACCUCACUUAUUCAAAGAAACCUGCUUCUGCCUUUUGUUUCUGCGCGGCCGGAACAUCUCAAGGACGAGUCCUGCCCGGCAGUUGUUUCUAGUGUAAAUUCAAUUUCCUCAUUCUGUUUUGCUUCCA